UGUCGUAGCUGUCCGCCGCAGCGGAUAGUUCUGUGGAAAGAUGCAGGCUCUACUAAUUAUUGAGGCUGUUUUGAUUGUCAGCGUCUUCUCACAAAACGAAGAUGCGAUACAACAUGGACUAGGGCGAGCGAGAGUGUAUAGGUACCGAAAUGAGGCUGCCAGAAGUGCACCCUUCAUUGCUGAAACGCCCAAGGAUCCAAUUGCUUUUGACUUGAUCGUCAUCACCGAUUCGGAUACAAAAGCGGGAAUAGGGACGUAUCAGUGGGAAGCGGUGAAAAGAAGGGGAACUUUGUUUUUGAGCCCUGAUUGGCAAGAAGCGCAAGUGAAGUGGAUGAGCAAUUCUGAUGUUCACAUAAAGUCGUUAUACAGCUAUAAUGGACGAGGCAUGGAAAUGUCAGAUUUAGUGAAGUUUGACGGUCACAUACUAGCUCCUGAUGACAAAACAGGAAUCAUCUUCGCAAUCGAAAAUGAUAAGGCAGUACCGUGGGUUAUUCUCAGCUCUGGACCUGGAAACUCCACAAAGGGCAUGAAAAUAGAGUGGCUGACAUUGAAAAACUCAACACUGUACGCGGGCGGGCAAGCUCUUGAUGAGGACAACAUGUGGAUCAAAACAAUUACAAAGAGUGGAGAGGUGCAGCACAUAGACUGGAGAAAUGAGUUCACAAAAGUUCGAAAUUUUGCUGGUUAUCCUGCUCCUGGCUAUCUUACACAUGAAGCUGUACAGUGGUCUGAAACUCAUCAAAAAUGGUUUUUCCUCCCUCGAAAAGCUUCAAAAACCAAAUACGAUGGAAAAGCUGAUGAAACAAAGGGGGCAAACAUCCUGAUCACCGCUGAUCCCACCUUUACAACGUUUGAAAAAUUCACGAUAGGCAAUCUCACUCCAAAACGCGGCUUUUCGGCCUUUGUCUUCAUACCUGGCACAGACGACCAAUUGAUGGUGGCGUUGAAAAGCAAGGAAGUUGGAGAUAUUACAGAAAGCUUUAUAACAGUAUUUGACAUUCACGGUCAUGUUCUAUUGAAAGAUCAAAAACUAGCAGGCAAUUACAAAUUCGAAGGACUGUUUAUUGUAUGAUUAACAAUAAAUGUACGUGC